AACAAAAGUAAUGAACACGGAGAAACAAAAGCCAUGAAGCUCAUUGGUUAGGUUUAAGCUUAAUAAGAAGAUUUUAUUAAAUUUUAAUGACGAUGAUAACAAUUAUAUUUUCUGACUUCUUUAAAACCCCCUCUUACAAACAGAAGCUCCCUUUUUCAGUAGAAGUCCGAUUCCCAAUCUUAAAGACAAAGCCAUUAGAAAGAGAAAGUGAGUGAGAGAGAGAGAGAAACUAGCUCCAUGUUCGAAACAGAGCAUCAUACUCUCUUACCUCUUCUUCUUCUCCCAUCGCUUUUGUCUCUUCUUCUCUUCUUGAUUCUCUUGAAGAGAAGAAAUAGAAAAACCAGAUUCAAUCUACCUCCGGGUAAAUCCGGUUGGCCAUUUCUUGGUGAAACCAUCGGUUAUCUUAAACCGUACACCGCCACAACACUCGGUGACUUCAUGCAACAACAUGUCUCCAAGUAUGGUAAGAUAUAUAGAUCGAACUUGUUUGGAGAACCAACGAUCGUAUCAGCUGAUGCUGGACUUAAUAGAUUCAUAUUACAAAACGAAGGAAGGCUCUUUGAAUGUAGUUAUCCUAGAAGUAUAGGUGGGAUUCUUGGGAAAUGGUCGAUGCUUGUUCUUGUUGGUGACAUGCAUAGAGAUAUGAGAAGUAUCUCGCUUAACUUCUUAAGUCACGCACGUCUUAGAACUAUUCUACUUAAAGAUGUUGAGAGACAUACUUUGUUUGUUCUUGAUUCUUGGCAACAAAACUCUAUUUUCUCUGCUCAAGACGAGGCCAAAAAGUUUACGUUUAAUCUAAUGGCGAAGCAUAUAAUGAGUAUGGAUCCUGGAGAAGAAGAAACAGAGCAAUUAAAGAAAGAGUAUGUAACUUUCAUGAAAGGAGUUGUCUCUGCUCCUCUAAAUCUACCAGGAACUGCUUAUCAUAAAGCUCUUCAGUCACGAGCAACGAUAUUGAAGUUCAUUGAGAGGAAAAUGGAAGAGAGAAAAUUGGAUAUCAAGGAAGAAGAUCAAGAAGAAGAAGAAGUGAAAACAGAGGAUGAAGCAGAGAUGAGUAAGAGUGAUCAUGUUAGGAAACAAAGAACAGACGAUGAUCUUUUGGGAUGGGUUUUGAAACAUUCGAAUUUAUCGACGGAGCAAAUUCUCGAUCUCAUUCUUAGUUUGUUAUUUGCCGGACAUGAGACUUCUUCUGUAGCCAUUGCUCUCGCUAUCUUCUUCUUGCAAGCUUGCCCUAAAGCCGUUGAAGAGCUUAGGGAAGAGCAUCUUGAGAUCGCGAGGGCCAAGAAGGAACUAGGAGAGUCAGAAUUAAAUUGGGAUGAUUACAAGAAAAUGGACUUUACUCAAUGUGUUAUAAAUGAAACUCUUCGAUUGGGAAAUGUAGUUAGGUUUUUGCAUCGCAAAGCACUCAAAGAUGUUCGGUACAAAGGAUACGAUAUCCCUAGUGGGUGGAAAGUGUUACCGGUGAUCUCAGCCGUACAUUUGGAUAAUUCUCGUUAUGACCAACCUAAUCUCUUUAAUCCUUGGAGAUGGCAACAGGUAAAUAAAAAGUUUCUCUCGUUAACUAUCGAAAAUUAGUGUAUAGUUUUUUCAUCUAUUGCAUGAAUAGAUACGUCCUACGUGAUUUACCUAUCUAUAGAUACUAUACGAGAACUAUUAAUCUGGCAAAAACUUUUUAUUAUUAUUAUCUUUCAAGUUAGAUCUUAACACGUCAUGGAUCAUUGAUCACAUGAAAGCAUAUAAAUUAAAAAUAAGAGAGAGAAAGAGACGUGUUGGUGUAAGUGUACGUGAAGACAAUUAAUUAGUAGGAUGGUAUGUCUUUAAUGACGUAGGAGCUGCCUAAAUAUUCUUAUAAUCGUGACCGUUGAUUUAUUAUUAGUCACGGCUUUGAUACAAUUUAAGAUUUGACGGACGAUGGUACCACGGCUUUGACGGAUCUCACACGCCCGAUGACUUGUACGUGCGUUAGAUUCUGCCACGUUGACUGGUUUUAAUACUUAGAUUUAUAACUCUAUUAAUUAUAACAACUAUCAAAUCGGCGAAUUAGAGAAAUAUACUAUAUAGUAUUAUUAUGAUUAUUAUGAGAUAAUACUUUAUGAAAUAAGAUAAUAAUGGUAGUCAUGAUGUUAUAGUGAGUGGGGAAGGUAAGAGGUGGUGAGAGAUGAUUAAUGACCCACGUGGUGUGGUGCCAACAAGCACGUGUUCUUCUUCCUUUUUUCUUCCAACUUCUUUUUUUGGGGGUUUAUUGUGAUCUAUAAAAUCGGUUUGUCGUUUUUUUUUGUGACGAGCAGCAAAACAACGGAGCGUCAUCCUCAGGAAGUGGUAGUUUUUCGACGUGGGGAAACAACUACAUGCCGUUUGGAGGAGGGCCAAGGCUAUGUGCUGGUUCAGAGCUAGCCAAGUUAGAAAUGGCAGUGUUUAUUCAUCAUCUAGUUCUUAAAUUCAAUUGGGAAUUAGCAGAAGAUGAUAAACCAUUUGCUUUUCCUUUUGUUGAUUUUCCUAACGGUUUGCCUAUUAGGGUUUCUCGUAUUCUGUAAAAAAAAAAAAAGAUGAAAGUAUUUUUAUUCUCUUCUUUUUUUUUUGAUAAUUUUAAAUCAUUUUUUUUGCCCAAUGAUAUAUAAAAAUUUGGAUAAAUAAUAUUAUUGGAUAUUCGUUUUUUAGUUCGGGUUUGAGAAAAGGGUUUCGACUUUCGAAAGUGGACGAUGUAUAUAGAUUGGGAGCUAGGUUGAGUCUUUGGACAUUUGUAUUGGAUGUUGUUGAUUAUUAGUGUCGACACUAUUAAACCUUAAAUGGGCUUUCUAUAAGGCCCAAUUAUAUUACGAUUAUAACAAAGUGACAACUUUUACCUCG